UUCAAGGGUAUUUUCUUCCGCGGAUUCCCUGUUUGCUUCUUUCCCUUUUAAAAGCAGAUUUGUGUAUGAACGUUUCUUGUCUGGACAUGGAACCUUUUUUUAUCGACUUUGGAAUUUAAUCCGAAAGGGUCGAGUUUCAUCCUCACUCUUACGUCACACGGAAUGCGAUCACAGGAUCACUAUAGCAGUUUCACUGUCGAUGUUAUUCUCGGUCCAUUUUGUUGCUUAUGGAAAACGAUAACGGAAAUAUUUCCAUCUUGUAAUCAACUCUGUCAUAAAAAGAGCAAAACAAUUCAACUUCUUUAACUGAGCUCUUGCAAAUAGCGGCGGAACUGCAUUGAUGUUCAAGCUAUUCUUUGAGUUGACUUUCAAGACUUUAAAGUGUCAUUUGUGCUUGUUUUGAUAGUUAAGCAUGAAAAGGGCAGUUUACAGCUUGGUUCUGUUGGCUCUCUUUGUCAAUUAUAGCUUUGCUGUUAUCUGUAGUCAUUUUUGCGGCUUAAAUAGUAGCAAAUGCUUGGCAAAUGGUCGUUGUUUGUGCUACUGGGGUUUUACAGGGCCCAACGCCGUGUAUGUCACAUCAUCAGGGGGGAAAAACAGAAAAAUAGUGGCUGACUUCUGCACGAUAUCAUGCCAGUAUAAUCACCUUUAUAGCAAUCCAAAAUGUGGAAAGAUCCCAACUACUGCACCCUCAACAACCAUGUAUAUGACAACCCCAAUGGCACCUGCGGCAGCACAGUGCAGUGUACCAACUACCCAGGGCCAAGCAUCUGGCUGCCAUCCCAAGUGUGGACAAGCUGUGUAUCGUGGGAAAUGCCUCAGCAAUGGUCGCUGCCUGUGCUGGUGGGGUUGGACUGGACCCAACUCCUGUUAUGUUAAUGGUGGAGUGUAUAACAACAGGAUACUGGCUGACUUCUGUGGGAAAGCAUGCCACUACACCCAUGAUUAUAGAAAUGCUAGAUGUGCCACAUUCAAAGCCAUGACAACUUCGACAGCACCUUCAAGUACACCUGGAGUUGCUUCUACUACACCACAUACAGGGUCAACAGCAUCAUCAACACAGCCUACAAAAGUACAGAAACAAUGUGAUCCACGCUGCACACGAUUUGGUCAGGGUACAUGUCGGCCAGAUGGCCUGUGUCUCUGUUGGUGGGGAUGGACUGGGCCUAACGCAACGUACAUCACCACAGGAAGCCUGACAAAUAGGAUUGAGGCGCUGUAUUGUAACGAGCCUUGUCAUUACACACAUGAUCACGUGAACGCCUCGUGCGCUAGGAUCCCUGUACCCAAGACCUGUAGCGUGCCAUCGAACUCCACGCCCAGCAUCCCUUGCGAUAAGCAGUGUGGCGCUGGUGUGUAUCACGGCAAAUGCCUCAGCGAUGGUCGCUGCCUGUGCUGGUGGGGUUGGACUGGGCCCGAGGCAUGCUACGUUGAUGGAGGGACGUACAAUAAUAGAAUCAUCGCUGACUACUGUAACGACGCUUGCCACUAUACUCACGAUCAUAGAAACGAGUCCUGCGUCAAGAAGACUGCGCCCGAAUUAAGCACUCCGGCGUCAACAGGACAGGCUACAAGCGUACCUUCGACAGCAAAUAGCAUGCCUUUUACAGUACAGCCAACAUCAGAAGAAACAACCAGCACUGCAUCCACAAUUGCACAAACAAGCACAGCUGCACCAAGGGGCUCUUCAACUGAAGGGCGUACAUCAACAAGAGAAACCGCGACUUCAAGUAUAAACACUGAGGCGACAUCUAGGCAGCCAAGCACAGCAACGCAGGUUUCAGGACCCUCAUUGCCAAUGCAACAUAGCACAGAACAUCAUUCUACCUCUGGUGUUGCCUCCCCUUCAACGAAACAGCCGAGCACAGCGCUAACUACGACAAAACAGCCUACAACCCAACAAACGACAACUAAUCUUCCGUCAACAAGGCAGCCAACAACUAACCAACAAACGACAACCACCCUUCCGUCAACAAAACAGCCAACCACAACCCAACAAACGACAACCACCAUUCCGUCAACAAAACAGCCAACCACAACCCAACAAACGACAACCACCCUUCCGUCAACAAAACAGCCAACCACAACCCAACAAACGACAACCACCCUUCCGUCAACAAAACAGCCAACCACACCCCAACUAACGACAACCACUUUUCCGUCAACAAAACAGCCAACCACAACCCAACAAACGACAGCCACUCUUCCGUCAACAAAACAGCCAACCACAACCCAACAAACGACAGCCACUCUUCCAACUCCGUCGACAAAACCAACUACUGUUUCUCCAACUACUCGACAGCCACCUCCAGAGCCGACCGAACCGCUAGAGCCUACAGAGCCUACGGAGCCCCCAGUUCUAGGAAUUUUUGAGCAAAAGCAUUUUGCUGAUAGCGGUGAAGAGCGGAAGUUAGCGGGGGGAGAGCCUGCCGUGCCCCAAGACUCGUCUGUUGAGGGAGCAGCAAGCCAUAAGAAGAAGGGAGAAUCUCCCAAACGUAUCAGCUACGGGGUGGUGUCCCUUGGGGUCAUCGCAUGUGUACUCGGUGUUGCCGUCAUCGCUUGGUGGGCCCAUAAAUACCGGACAAGAGCGUCCGGAUACCGUCCGGUAGAUGAUGACACGGCCUAUCUUAUGGGCGAGAUGGGCUCCCAGUAAUGUUUUAAAGUAACGUUGGAGUUUGGCCGCCUUAUUAGGGCACUUUUGAUAUAACAACGAGUUUUACCUUUAGUCUUGUGAACCAUAGGACAACAGCAAUGAGGACGUGAAAGUAGCACGUGACUUCGUAUAAGGCAGUUAGAAUUUAAAUUGAAGACCUUAUGUCAAAAAUUUGUCUGCUCACUUAGGAUAAAACCAUGGAGGAUCGCAUAUAAUGCCACUUGAUUACCUGCUUUACCUUGAUUACCUUACCUGCCACAUAUAAUCCUCUAAAACUCCUUCCCGCUAACCAAUGUUGUUUCUUAGUGGCACCAAGCAAAAAGCUGUAUCAAACACGGGUAAUGGUGGAGAAAGAAUACUUAGUUCUGUCAAAAUGAUGAUGUCAGACUGUUGGCUACUUUGUGCUUAAAAGAUCAUAAUUUCACAUAAACUAAUAGAAGCACGUGUAAAGCAUAAAGAAUAAAAUAAUGAUAAAGGCGA